AUGGUGUAUUUUUCAGUCAAGAAUAAUAGUGUCAUGGGAGAACUACCAGCUUCCUUGUGCAACUUCACUAUGCUUUUAUCACUUGACUUGUCGAACAACAAGUUCAGUGGCCAAAUACCUGAUUGCCUCCUUCAUAUGAGUUUGGUUGAAGUCAUGCUCCAGAACAAUCAAUUGCGGGGUCAAAUCCCAGAAUUUGGUGGUCACACAGGAACUGCAUUGACAACACUUGAUCUAAGUGAUAAUAGGUUUGUGGGUUACAUCCCUACAUCCCUUGGGAGCUGCAGAAAUCUGGAAUUCAUAAAUUUGGGGCACAACAAAUUGAGUGGUGAAUUCCCUUGGUGGCUUGCAAAACUUCCACAACUGAAAAUUCUUGUGCUGAGGUCCAACUCGUUGAAUGGUUCUAUCAACUUCACCUUUGACAUGAACGUGUUCCAAGAAUUGCUCGUGCUUGACAUCUCGGCCAACCAAUUUGCUGGAAAACUUCUACUUGGCUUGUUGCUAAGUCUCAAUGCAAUGAAGUCUUUCAACCCCGAAUCUUCUAUCCCUUUGCAAUUUUGGACUUCUUUUUUGAAAGGUUUUUAUAAAGACUGGGAAGUGACAUUGAACACCAAAGGAAUAAACUUGACCUAUGAAAGGGGAAUGCAUUCAAUCAUGAAGACAAUUAAGGUCUCCAACAACUACUUUGAGGGUGGGAUUUCAGAAGAAGUUGGAGAUCUUAAGGGGCUCCAAGCUCUAAGGAUUUCAAAGAACAAGCUCAAAGGCCCAAUUCCAAAGAGCAUUGGUGCCCUGACACAUCUAGAAUCAUUGGAUCUAUCUCAUAACUACCUUUCAGGUGAAAUACUAGAAAAACUUACUAAACUCAAUUCUCUUGGGUAUUUAAAUCUGUCAUACAAUAGUCUUUCUAGAAGAAUCCCUCAGUCGCCACAUUUUUCCACAUUUGAUGCUCUAAGCUUUGAAGGGAAUCCUAGUCUUUGUGGACCGCCACUUUUGCUGCCUUGUAAAGCCAAUAACGGAGCCACAUUGUUUCCUUUUGUUGGAUUGAGAGAAACAGAUGAAGAGAAAAUGUGGAAGUACGUAUCAAUGGGAUUAGGUUUUGGAGCAGGCUUUGGCACCGCAAUCAGCUUUUCAUAUUUCUUGAAUAAUGGAAGGGGGUUCAACAACUUUUGGAGAAGAUGCUACUGGUCAUGUGCUUAA